AUGACACCCGAUAAGAAAUGGAUGGAUUUUAUUAAUGAUCGACUUGGUGAAGCAUAUGGACAGGGGAUUGAAAAUUUUUUAGACUAUGCUUUUGAAAGAACAAGGGAAACAAAUGAAAUUCGAUGCCCAUGUGUUAAAUGUGCAAAAGCACAUUUUGGGUCUAGGGAAUCUGUUAAAAUGCAUUUGAUUGUUUAUGGAAUACUUCAAAAUUAUAGAUUUUGGUAUCAUCAUGGAGAAAAGCCAGAGGAUGAUUUGGAAAUACACAAUUCGGAAACUGAAGUAGAUGAUAACGAUCACUUAAUGGAAGAUCUUCUAAGAGAUUUACAUCCACAUUAUGAUGAUUCAAAGUGUGCUAAUAUUAGUGAGGAGCCAAAUGAUGAAGCUAAAAAUUUUUAUAGAUUAUUAAAUGAUUCAAAAGAACCUUUGUACCAAGGAUCAAGGGUUUCAAAAUUGUUGGCAUUAAUAAAGUUACUUCAUAUAAAAAAUGUUGGACAAUGGACAAAUAAAUCAUUUAGCAUGUUGUUGCAAUUGUUGAAGGAAGAAAUAUUACCAGAAAAUUCUGAUCUUCCAGAUUCAUAUUCUAAUGCUAAAAAGUUUAUUAGAGAUAUUGGCCUUUCUUAUGAAAAGAUUGAUGCAUGUAAAAAUAAUUGUAUGUUAUUUUGGAAAGACCAUAAGAACUUGGAUUUUUGUGAAGUGUGUGGAAUAUCUAGAUGGAAGGAGGAUAGGCAUAGUGGGGGAACUCAAUUCAAAGCUAAUGGAAAGAAGAUUCCAAAGAAGAUAUUACGUUAUUUCCCACUAAAACCAAGGUUGCAAAGGUUAUUUAUAUGUUCAAAAACUGCCCCUUACAUGAGAUGGCACAAUGAUGCAAGGGUUGAUGAUGAAAUUCUAAGGCAUCCAGCUGAUUCUAUGAUAUGGAAAUCAUUUGAUGAAAGAUAUAAAGAUUUCUCCUCAGAGGCUCGCAAUGUGAGACUUGGUCUCGCAAGUGAUGAGUUUCAACCAUUUGCAAAUGCAAAAACAACAUAUAGCAUUUAG